GAGGGGCGGACCGGGAGCAGACGGACGCGCGAGCGGCGCAGGCCGGGGCGGGCCGGGCUCGGCUCCGGGCCCGAGUGCGGCGCGCGCGUCCGUCCGAGCCGCGCCCUCGAGCGCCGACGCCCUCGGGAGCUCGCACAGCAUGGCGGCCCCCGGCGCCGCGGGCCUCUCGGGCCUGCUGCCCGCGCAGACCUCGCUCGAGUACGCCCUGCUGGACGCCGUCACGCAGCAGGAGCGGGACGAGCUGGUCUACCAGUAUCUGCAGAAGGUGGACGGCUGGGAGCGGGACCUGGCGGUGCCCGAGUUCCCGGAAGGAUUAGAAUGGCUGAACACAGAAGAGCCUCUUUCUAUUUACAAGGAUCUGUGUGGAAAAGUGGUUGUCCUUGAUUUCUUCACAUACUGCUGCAUUAACUGUAUUCACCUGUUGCCUGAUCUCCACGCCCUAGAGCGCAGAUUCUCCGAUCAAGAUGGUCUUCUGAUUGUCGGUGUUCACUCAGCUAAGUUUCCAAAUGAAAAGGUCCUGGACAAUAUCAAGAGUGCUGUCCUUCGAUACGACAUCACCCACCCUGUGGUUAACGACGCAGAUGCCAGCCUCUGGCAGGAGCUUGAAGUCUCCUGCUGGCCAACACUGGUCAUACUGGGACCUCGUGGAAACAUGCUGUUUUCUUUGAUUGGAGAGGGACACAAAGAUAAACUAUUUUCAUAUACUUCUAUCACUUUAAAGUAUUACAAAGACAGGGGACAGAUCAGAGAUGGAAAAAUCGGAAUAAAACUCUUCAAAGAGUCUCUGCCACCUUCACCAUUGCUGUUCCCUGGCAAAGUAGCAGCAGACCACGCUACCGGUAGACUGGUGGUAGCAGACACUGGGCACCAUAGAAUCUUGGUCAUUCAGAAAAAUGGACACAUUCAGUACAGCAUUGGAGGACCUAAUCCUGGAAGAAAAGAUGGAAUGUUUUCAGAGUCAUCUUUUAAUUCUCCACAGGGUGUAGCUAUCAUGAAUAAUGCUAUCUAUGUGGCCGACACUGAAAACCACCUUAUAAGAAAGAUUGACCUAGAAGCUGAGACGGUGAGCACCAUAGCUGGCGUUGGCGUUCAAGGGACAGAUACAGAGGGGGGACAGAGAGGGGAGAAGCAGCCCAUCAGCUCCCCUUGGGACGUCGUGGUUGGAACCUCAGGUUCAGAGGUCCAAAGAAAUGACAUCCUGUGGAUAGCCAUGGCCGGGACUCAUCAGAUAUGGGCACUCCUCCUGGACUCUGGCACACUGCCAAAGAAAAGUGAGCUCAAAAAAGGAACCUGCCUUCGCUUUGCUGGGAGUGGAAAUGAAGAGAAUCGAAACAACGCAUAUCCUCACAAGGCGGGUUUUGCCCAACCGUCAGGUCUCUCUCUAGCCUCCGAAGAUCCCUGGAGCUGCCUCUUUGUCGCAGAUAGCGAGAGCAGCACAGUGAGAACUGUCUCACUCAAAGAUGGAGCAGUGAAGCACCUUGUCGGAGGAGAACGCGACCCCAUGAAUUUAUUUGCUUUUGGUGAUAUUGAUGGAGUAGGCAUCAAUGCGAAGCUUCAGCAUCCACUUGGGGUGGCGUGGGACGAGAAGAGGAAUGUGCUGUAUGUGGCAGACUCUUACAAUCACAAGAUUAAAGUUGUGGAUCCAAAAACAAAAGCCUGCACAGCGCUAGCAUGCACUGGAGAUGCAGAGGCAGCCUUUAACGAGCCUGGAGGCUUGUGUGUCGGGGACGGUGGUCGGCUGCUGUAUGUAGCAGACACUAAUAAUCACCAGAUCAAAGUGGUGGAUCUAGAAGCAAGGACAGUGUCUGUGCUCCCGGUCUACAAGCCUGCCAGUGCCGUGGUAGACGGCCCCUUCCCUACAGAGAAGCAGAAGACAGUACCCAAGGUGCCCAAGUCUGCCCCACACAUUCAGCUCGCCCCUGUGACUGUGUGUCCUGGCCAGACGCUGCAGCUCAAGCUCAAGCUAGACCUUCCACCAGGGGCAAAGCUGACGGAAGGCGUGUCCAGCUGCUGGUUCCUCACCGCUGAAGGCAGUGAGUGGCUUCUUCAGGAGCAGAUCCCAUCUGGAGACAUAGAGAGCAUUUCCAGUCAACCCACAAUCGCGCUGCGGAUCCCCACCGAGUGCGUGUCCCUUGAAGCUGUGGUCUCUGUCAGCGCGUUCCUCUACUACUGCAGUGCGGACAGCAGCGCUUGCAUGAUGAAGGGCAUCUUGUUCAGGCAGCCUUUGCACAUAGCCGACGCCCAGCCGGGCUGUGUAGCUGCUGUCGAGCUCACACAUGUAUUCUAGAGAGCAGCCAGGAGCCCUCACCACAGCCCCCAUCCAUCCUCUGCCUGUCCUUUGGGGAAAUGUCCUCAGCGUUCUAGAAACCCAUUGCUCAGUUGUAACAACUGAUACCAAAAUAAAGCUGUGCUCCUUAUUAACAUUUUAAUUCUAAACACAUUUCUUCAUUUUAGCUGUGUGCUGGACAGGUUGACCAUCAUUUGAACCACGGUAGUGUAAGCCUUGCUGCUCUUUGGCACAAGGCUGCAGCCCGUGCUCUGUCAGAGACUAUUGUCAUUUGCAGUCAAUACUAAUAAUACCAGGUGUUUUAAAUAACCUCUCCUGCCUUUAUCAGUGGCAGUCAGCCCAGUUCGUGUGUAAAUUUCCUAGUGACUGGACAGGCCUACACUGUGUACCUUUAUAUAAGGCACCUCCAUUUAGUGUCUAAGGUCUGUUUAAAGGAAGAACAAAGGUGUAUUCAGUAGAAGCUUAGAAAGCACAUGAGUGGUUACUUAUUAUCUCUUCUGUCUUUUUUCUCAUCUGAGGUAUUUUUAAAAGAGUUUUAAUCUAUUUUUAUUCUAAAUUAUUUGUUUUAACAUGCCGUUAUUAAUGCCUUAUAACUUUAUACAGAAAACAAAGAAACAAAGAAUUUCUAAGGGCAUGCAGACUUCUUUUUAACUAUUUUUUUAAUGAACAUAUUCCAACCAGGCAAUACCUGGCUCCCCAGAGACACGCUGCCUUUUGAGGUGGGGUUAGGCUGUGUUGCUGUGUAUGAUAGUUUGUUGUGAAGGUGGAACUUGAUAUAAGUGAGUACUAUGUUAUUUUGGAAAUUCACAUUUCAGUUCUAAGAGUUAAACACAGAUUUAUUGGCUUUGAAAUUUUUGUUAUUGUUUUGGUUCCCAUAUUUAGAAUUUAAAUUAUGAUCAUUAAUUCUGACAUUUUGAAAAAUCACAUGUAAACCUUCAAAUUGCCUAUUAUCAAUGUACAAUGUUUUAAUGUGGUUGACAGGUAUAGUUAUCCUAAUAUACUUUCAUUUAAAAUAUUAGGGCUGAAACACAGUGAUUUGCUGAUGCUGUUUUGGUAUUUGUUUUCUUUAGCCUCAUAAGAAACAUCACUGAAAAGGGAUACUGAUGGGGUUUGAUUCUCAUUGUUACUGUAAUUAUCCUAGAUUAUCAUAACUGUUGAAAAUCCCACUUGUUUUAAAGCUGACUUGACGUAUUUUUUAUUUAUUCAGGUUACGAGAUAUCAGAAUCAUCAGUUGAGCCCCACAUAGAAACUCAGUAGGGAUCUGUAGACAGCCUAUAUAGCAUGCCUCCCUUCCUGCCACAGAAGUACCAGAUAGGAAGUGGGAUUAUUUAAGUAUCAUUCCACACAUUCAUUGAUUGAUUUUUGAAGUAGUUUUGAUAGGUAAUAUUUGCUUGUUUUAUUAUUGAGUUAACUAAAAACUCUCUGAAGUAAGCACAUUUAGAUCAUGACUUUAACUAGUAACCUGAAAAAGCUACUUUUCAAGAGAAUUGCCACUGGAAAAGGAAAGGAAAGGGAUCUUGAUUAGAGUUACACUAAUUACUUCAGAAACCUUUGCUUCCAGAACCAGCUGCACAAAGGAUCUGCAGCUACAGUCUGUAGCUGAUGUGCUGUGCUGUGCUUGCUCUGGUGAGUGCACCUUAAGUGUCUUUCAGCCUCGUUUGAUUUCUUGUGUUUCUCAUUUCCAGUUGGACAGGAUGAGAAUAUUUUGGCUCAGUUAUUUCCUGUUUGAGGACAUAAACAGUGUCACUCUCUAGAACAGAGUCUAUACAGUUUAAGUAAUGUAGAAAUAAUGGUAAUUUAUUUUUCACUCUAAAAACACAAGUAUGUAUUCUGUAGUUUCAUGUACCUUAAAAAUCCCUAAAUCCUCUUGAGAAUCCCUUGGCAUUCCCUUUGUCUGGGCAGAGUCUAAGUUUAGUCUUCAGUGACUGAAUGGUUCCUUGGUCUUCAAAAUACAGAGCUUAACUUCUCCUUCUCACCCCUGCCUUUCCACACUGCUGUUUUUGCUAAAAUAUUGUUGGUAUUGGGUUCAUGUAGAUUUAGAAAACACACUGACAGUGCACAUAGGUUCCUAGAUUGAUGGGUGACACAAAUGUCACAUAAGAAAACACUGGAAAGUUUAGUUUUAAAACUUCAGGAUCUGCAGCGCCUCCUGUUUUCUCUGUAAGCUUUUUAAUUGUUUCCUGGCCUGUCUACUCUGGGGCCAUACCACUGAGAGAAUGGUUUGGGGCCAGUUUUUUUUUUUUUUUUUUAAGUUGGAAAUUUGGAGAGAAUAAUGAAAAUGUAUAAUUAUAAUUUUGCCACAGAUUCAGAACUGACUAUUAGUUUUUGUCUAUCAACUGAAGAGACUUCAGCUUGGUUAUUGCCUUUGGCAGAAUGUUUAAGACCAGUCACCAAAGACUAGAGUUGUAACUCAGGAAGAGGAUGUUUCUUUGGUCUGCAGAGACCCUGGUUCAGUCCUCAGAGCGCGGGGAAAUGUCACCACAAGUGAAGUUUUGUAGUGCACAGUAACAUGAAAGUAUCUGCAGGGGACUGUAUCAGUAAUGCUUCUAAGUGAGUAAACUCCUGGUCUUUCAUUUUAAUUCUGCUUCUCUGUAUGUGUCGACAGUCAGUACUUGAGGAAGAAAUCUAAUAUUUUUCAAGAGAAAUCUGAAUUAUAAGCACUAAUGCAAUAGUGUUUCUAAAGCCACUUACAUUACAAAGAUGGGGUGUUUUUAGGGUCCUUUCACUUAUCAGUUUUCUUCAAAACUGUGAGUUGGUGAGGACAGGAAUAAUUAUAGUGUUUCUGUUGUGUAGCGCAGUGUGGUUGCAAGAGUGUGUGCUCUGUAGAUGAGUCUAACCCUAUAAAGCAGGGACUGCCUGGGCUUGCUGCCAGGAUUCAGUGAAAUGUUCACACGGCAUUUAGCACGAAGUAAUUUAUGAACUGCUACUUAUCAGUUUAGUUACUAAUAAUGACAAUAAUUUAUGGCCACAGACACGUGCUUGACAUUUUCUUCACAACUCCAGUUUCUAAAGCAAAACAUUUCUCCACCAUUUGUCACGUUAGUAGACCCAGUAGGACCUGUGCUCAGGAAGAAGAAGAAGACGACUUUCUGGUAGGACGUAUUACUGUUUCACAAUCACUGUUGUUUGUAAAGAAGCACCUCCAUGCUGUAGCGAAGGAUUUAAAAAGCCCAUCUGGAACUUUAACCAAUACAUUUGUUCCAUAGAGAAUCCAGACAUGGCUGGAGACCUCACACACCCUUAGAACUUGUACAAGCAUCCUCAGAUUGCAACCCGAGCAUGCUGGAGGCAGCAACCUGGGAUGCUCUUCUCUGGGGUCUUCAGAGUGCCUUCACGUGUAUUUCCUGGGGUGGGCUUCAGAACACCAUACAGACUAGAUAGGUGUGUGUGCUGUGCAGAGAAGGGAGCUGCUUUGGCCUGGUGAUGGCCUGCCUGCAGGUCAGAAAGCUCCUGGGAUAGAGCCCAGUGCCCAGAAGAGGACCUAGUACGCAGGGGUGCUGGGUAUCCUUGACUGACUGGUGUGACUAGUGAGCAGCAAGCAUGACUGAGGCGCGGAGUGGAGAACCUGCUGAAGGAGGAGUGCUUCUGUAUCCACUGCCUUAGGCCUCAGGACACAGGCAGAAGAAUAGUUCCAUUUGUUGAGUUCUUUCCAUCUGCUGGUACAUACCCAGCAUCCUCGCAGCAGCCUUAUGAUGGAGCUGGGUCCUUCCUCCUUGAAUUCAGGGCGAUCAAGACCGUACACCUAGGAAGGGGCAGACCCUGGACAGUCGUCCUCCCCCCCUCCCCCCACGCCUGCUGUAGUGACUUAGACAUGCAUAGUUCACAUACUUCAUUCCUUUAUGUAGUAACUCACCAAUCCAGAGAAUUCCAGGAGCCCUAGGAGUGAGUGGUUUUGAAAUUCAAAUAAUGCCAUUUAAGUGACAUGACUUUUCAUGGGCUCUUACCACCUAGGCCUUGAAAUGGUAUGUAUAAUUAUUUUCCAGAGGGUUUUCUAUGGCCCUCAUUUCAGCCAUAUCCUCAGUUCUUCUAACAGGUGUGUGUACAGGAAAACCAGUUAGUUCCAGCAGGACUGUCCAAAUGGCCUUGGCUUGAAGAACAGGGCUAGUGCAGACCCUGUGAAUUUCUCUCCUGUUGGAGACAAUGUGUUAUGUGAGCCAAAGUGAGGUGUAGAAGUAUGAAGUCCUCUGCCUUCCCGCAUCCUUAAUGGUCCUGGUGUAGCCCUAGUGAUUCAGAAGUUGGCAUUGUGAGGCAGACUGCUGCGUGCCAGUGAUGGUUUCUAACGGGCAUCCCAGUGCAGAGUGUCGUCACGUACAAUGUGCAGUAGCAUGGUGGUGAAGCAUCCUGUGGUGCAGGAAGGAGAUGGCUGCCUGGGUCACAGAUGCCAUCCCUGCUGACCUUGACAGUGAUGUAACCGCACACCUUAAGGCAGACUGCAGUGCUAAUCACCGAGAUCUCUUCCACCUGUGUCACAGCUUAGGCGGAGACUUAGCAGUCACCCUGAGUCACUGGUUUACCCUGGCUUAAUGAGGUUUGCUUCGCUCCCAUUUCUUUGCAAUAGGUAAUGGAAAGAAUGGUCAUGAAGUUACAGGCUUUGGUAAUUGAGCCACAUGGUAUUCUGUGGCUAAUAAACCUUGGCUCCUCAAUGUGGGGACUUGUAGGCUGGUGCCUCAGCUCCCAGGUGGCUGCUGAGAGCACACAGGCUGGCAGAGGACUAGGACACAAGCUCUCCUGCAGGCGUUUCUAAUCAGCCUUUGCCUUAGUGUGCUGCUUUGUUUAAUCAUUGCCAGAGGUCAGAGGUGAAAAGCUAAAACCCUAGAUACCUGUGGAAUGUGUGCCUGGGUGCAGUUAUUCAUUCUUGGUGUGUCCUUUCCUCCCCUGGCACAGCACUCCAGUGUGCCUGUGGACCUUCUGCUGUUGACAGCCUCCUACCCAAAGGAAACCACUGCAAGCAUCUUCAAGUCUACUUCCCCUGUGUGCACAUCAGCCUUAGGUCAGAAAUGAACACUAAGCCAGAAGCCUGUACCAAAAGUGUUCUUUCUGUGGCUGCCCUGCCCAAGAAGUGGACUUGAGCAAAAUUGCUUUUUUUUUUUUUAAUGUGAAAUCUGAAGCUGUUCAGUGUAGAUAAGCCCUUGGUAUUCUUAGGGUAUUUAGUUACAGCUUUCCAUUUGAAAUAAAACAAAAGGGGGGGCAGUAAAGAUCCUCUGCAAUACAGACAGUUCAAAAAGAAUUAUUAUUCUGUACCUAGUUUCAUGAGAAAAUAUGUUGAAAUAAAUAAGACCAUAAAGGGAAAAAUACACAAGUCCCUAACAUAGCCAUCGAACUAUCUUCUAUUUUAAAAAUGUAUUAUCUUUCUUUCUAGUUCCACCAGAAACACAAGGUAGUUUUGUUUGCAUAGAGUUGGGAUGUAUUGAUGUGUGCCUGUCAUGUCAUCAUCGCAGUUUAUCUGCUCAAAACUAAGCCAGUGCCCCCCUCAGCACUUGACUUCCACCCUCAGAAACUGGCAGUUUCUGGAGAGCCUUUGCUGAGGAGCCAGGGUUCCCCAGAGAGCUGGGAAUGGGGAGGGUCGUGAUGGUUGUUUUUCUAGGAUUCCUAGUAAUGUCUCAGUUUUCAAAGGCAGAGAACCGGCCUGUGUGACUUCCCAUGCUUUGGAGUAAAGCUUCCUAGUUGUACCUGGGUUGACGGUGUAGUUUUCGAUCCCUCUGGAGGAGUGUGUGGGGAGUCAGUCCAGAUACUGUGACAGUCAUUCCUUCAGGCUUGCUGUGUAAUCACGAUUGACAUUUGUCUAUCAUGUAAGAGACUCUUCCCAUCUUGUGUGCAUAAUUGUAAUUUCAUUUGUGAGACUAGAGGUGGUCUGCUGUGACGACUUCAUGCCUAAGCAGUACAAGUUCAGAUACUGAUAUUUCUAGACAUUGUUUAGUCCUGAAAGAAUUCACUUGCUGUGCAUUUUUAAGUGUUCAAUGUAGAUGGAUUAAUAUAUUUUUAUGCAACUGUGUAUUUUACAUUUAUUUGUAGACCAAACUCCAGUGGAUUUUAAAAUAUGUUGUUUAGGUGGAAUGAGAGCUUGGUGGCCUUCAUUAACUCAAAUGAAGUAUGAUGCCUAGGGUCCUGGGAAGCGGGAGUGUGUUCCUAAUAUGCAGUGUGAUUCCUGGGGUCCUGGGAAGCAGGAGUGUGUUCCUACUGUACAAUGUGAUUGCUGGGGUCCUGGGAAAUAAGGGUGUGUUCCUACUGUACAAUGUGAUUCCUGGGGUCCUGGGAAGCAAGGGUGUGUUUCUACUGUACAGUGUGAUCCCUGGAGUCCUGGGAAGCAGGGGUAUUCUACUAUACAUGGAAACUUAACCUCUUUUCCAAAGCAUUGUACUCCUUUUCAUGAAAUAGAUUAAAUAUAUUCUCUCUAAA